AUGAAGAAGCCGACCCUCCACGAGAUUUGUGCCAACACGACGCCGACGACCAACACCAAGGGCAACCUUGUUGCCCACGCGACCGAGGAUGACACACUCAACAUUGACAAAUAUCCCCAGAAGACCAGACCAAACCGCCUCCCUUCUCCUUCGCACGCUCCCUAUAAAUACCUUCCACCCCAAUCUCCCCUCCGCCAUCAGAUUUCAUCACACCACCACACAGAUACAGAGCCACCGCAGGCGCAUACCACGACACCCGGACAAGACCCGAGAAAUCAGACAUCAACCCUUCCCGCCGCCAAAAUGCUGGCCGCCGCCGCCUCCGUCAAGCUCUCCCCGGCGUCCGCCGCCGCCGCCGCCACCAAGCUGACAUUCAAGCCCAUCCACCUUCCUCCCCUCCACAAAUCCAGCCCCCGGCCCCUCUCCCUGUCCGCGCGUCCCCUCUACCGCCAGGAGCCGUUCCUGGCUGCUCCCCCCCGGACCGCGUCCCCUGCCGCCACCGCGGACGGCGCGCGGCCCGUGGAGACUGCGGCGCCGGAGGCCGCGAGGCGCGCCAAGAUCGGGGUCUACUUCGCCACGUGGUGGGCGCUGAACGUGAUCUUCAACAUCUACAACAAGAAGGUGCUCAACGCGUUCCCCUACCCGUGGCUCACCUCGACGCUCUCCCUGGCCGCCGGCUCCGCCAUCAUGCUCGCGUCCUGGGCCACCAGGAUCGCCGAGGCGCCCCAGACGGACCUCGAUUUCUGGAAGGCCCUCUCGCCGGUGGCGAUUGCGCACACGAUCGGGCACGUCGCGGCGACGGUGAGCAUGGCGAAGGUGGCCGUGUCGUUCACGCACAUCAUCAAGAGCGGGGAGCCGGCGUUCAGCGUGCUCGUCUCGAGGUUCUUCCUCGGCGAGCACUUCCCGCAGUCGGUGUACUUCUCCCUCCUCCCAAUCAUCGGUGGAUGCGCUCUCGCCGCCGUCACCGAGCUCAAUUUCAACAUGACUGGAUUCAUGGGGGCGAUGAUCUCCAACCUGGCGUUCGUGUUCCGGAACAUAUUCUCCAAGAAGGGGAUGAAAGGCAAGUCGGUGAGCGGGAUGAACUACUACGCCUGCCUCUCCAUGCUCUCCCUGGUGAUCCUCCUCCCUUUCGCCUUCGCCAUGGAGGGCCCCAAGGUGUGGGCUGCAGGAUGGCAGAACGCAGUCGCCGAGAUCGGUCCCAAUUUCGUCUGGUGGGUGGCGGCACAGAGCGUGUUCUACCACCUGUACAACCAGGUUUCAUACAUGUCGCUGGACGAGAUCUCGCCGCUGACGUUCAGCGUCGGCAACACCAUGAAGCGCAUCUCCGUCAUCGUCGCCUCCAUCAUCAUCUUCCACACGCCGGUGCAGCCCAUCAACGCGCUCGGGGCGGCCAUCGCCAUCCUCGGAACCUUCAUCUACUCCCAGGCAAAGCAGUAAUGGACAUGGACCAGAUGAUAUCAUCCCCUUCGCCGCGAGUCGGCUCGGCGCUCGAACAUUAGAAUGUUGUUACGAGCAUAUCUAAAUUAAGGACCCCCUUGUAAUAUAUAUUAGGAAUCCUUUUUUUCUUCUUUUUGUGCGGUUUUCUGCAUUUUCUAGGUUUAGCUGCCAAUGUCUCAGGAAUUAUUCGUUCGUUCUGCUGCUGAUGUAGAGAGGUAAGUGAAUGGAAUCUAUCUAAAAUAAAGUUGCCAGAACUUUUUGCCUUGA